AUACGCCAAUGGCUUUAACGAAGAUUGACGAAUGGUUCCACGUGUAGCUGGAAAUAAGAGGAACGAUUCCCGAAUCCCGAUCCUUUCUGCAUCAGCCUUUCCUUUUCUAAAUUUGCACUUUUUCUUUAAGUUUGGUACAAUGGCACAGAACAUGGUUUUCGAAAAUGUAUGGUUGGACAAAGGGAAAUACGACGAUGCCGAACGAAUUUACUACGAAGGAAAGGCGAAGGAAGUCCAAACUCCCUUGGCUGCUGAAGUAGGUAGGGCGAGAGAAUGGUUAACUAACAUUAAAAACUGUAUCGAAGAACCUGUUUCAGAUAAUAAGAACGAAUGCCAAUUAAACUCCAUAGUUUUGCUCGAAGAGAAGGUACAAAGAUUAGAGAAAACCGUAGCAAAUAUGCAGCAGGCAUUCAAUAGUAUAGUCGAACACUUACACAAGUUAGAAGCGCGCGUGAGCGGUAAAGCGCAGCCUGUUAGUACAAAAAAAGAAACAAAGAACGAGGAUGACGACGUCGAUCUCUUUGGCUCAGAGUCCGAGGACGAAGCGGCAUCUGAAAUUAAACAGAAACGUUUGGCGGAGUAUGAGAGCAGAAAGUCUAAAAAGCCAGCCUUAAUCGCAAAAUCAAAUAUUAUUUUGGAUGUGAAACCGUGGGAUGAUGAAACUGAUAUGAAGGUAAUGGAAAAAGAAGUUCGUGCCAUUCAAAUAGAAGGUCUUUUGUGGGGAGCAUCGAAAUUAGUGCCUUUAGCUUACGGUAUUCAUAAACUUCAAAUUUCUUGUGUCGUCGAAGAUGAUCUCGUAUCUGUUGAUUUGCUGCAAGAAAAGAUCGAGGAUAUUGAAGAUUAUGUGCAAAGUGUAGACAUUGCAGCAUUUAACAAAGUCUGAUCGGUGAUAUUUGCAAAUGGCAGUUUUAUCAAGUUUCAUUCCCAAUGUAUUUUGUUUUUUAGUUACAAUGUGAUUUUAUCAUUUUUUGUUUGUUUAUUGUCAGUGUAUUUACUCCCAGUGUCAAAAAGUUGUACAAAGAAAUAAAUUUUUGAAUGCUU